GCAUUGGAAAUGACCCCGGGGAAUCACGCCCUGCUUCCAGGAGGAGGGGAGCGGGAGUGGCAGCGCCGCGCCCGUGGCGUCAGGCCGGGACCCCGCCGGGCCGCUGGCCGGGAGCCCAGAGCCCAGCCCGGCCUGGUGGCUCCGGCGCGUCCCCUGCGCCCCACGCCCGCCGGCUCGCGGGGCACUUUUCCUCUGACGUCCGCCUCCCCGGCUCUGACGAUCGCCCGCCUGCCGCCCUUAUAAAGGGGUCUGUGGCCAAUACUGGAUCGAUCGCCACUUCGCCGCGCCCACACCUGUCAGCUCCGCGCGCGCCGCGUUCCGGGAGACCCGGGGUGCGGAGUCCCCAGAGCCUGACCCUCCUGGCCCUGCCGCCCUGCGCCCCUGACCACCCCUCCCGUGUCCCGGGCAGCCUCGGCCUCCACGGUUCCCGAGAGGAGCCCGGACCCGCGGAGCGCUUCCCUGCGCGGCGACCUCUCCAGUGGCGCAGGAUGUCAGGAGCCAGCACUUUCCAGGUGGAAGGGCUGAUAGCCAUCGUGGCGUUCUACCUCCUCAUAUUGCUGGUUGGAAUAUGGGCUGCGUGGAGAACCAAGAACAGCGGCAGCUCGGGGGAGCGCAGCGAGGCCAUCAUUGUGGGUGGCCGCGACAUCGGGCUGCUGGUGGGCGGAUUCACCAUGACAGCCACCUGGGUCGGAGGAGGUUACAUCAAUGGGACAGCCGAAGCCGUGUAUGUUCCCGAUUACGGUCUAGCGUGGGCUCAGGCACCAAUUGGAUAUUCCCUUAGUCUGAUUUUAGGUGGUCUGUUCUUUGCCAAACCCAUGCGUUCCAAGGGAUACGUGACCAUGUUAGACCCCUUUCAGCAGAUCUAUGGAAAGCGCAUGGGGGGGCUCCUGUUCAUUCCCGCACUGAUGGGGGAAAUGUUCUGGGCUGCGGCCAUUUUCUCUGCCUUAGGAGCCACUAUCAGCGUGAUCAUUAGCACCGAUGUGCGCGUGUCCGUCAUUGUCUCCGCCCUUAUCGCCACGCUGUACACCCUGGUGGGCGGGCUCUACGCCGUGGCCUACACAGAUGUCGUUCAGCUCUUCUGCAUUUUCGUGGGACUGUGGGUCAGCGUCCCCUUCGCGCUGUCACAUUCUGCGGUAGCUGACAUCGGGUUCACGGCCGUGCACACCAAGUACCAGAAGCCCUGGCUGGGGACCAUUGAGCCGUUUGAAGUCUACACGUGGCUUGAUAGCUUUCUGUUGUUGAUGCUGGGUGGAAUCCCGUGGCAAGCCUACUUCCAGAGGGUCCUGUCUUCAUCCUCAGCCACCUACGCUCAAGUGCUGUCCUUCCUGGCAGCUUUCGGGUGCAUGGUGAUGGCUCUGCCAGCCAUACUCAUUGGAGCCAUUGGCGCAUCAACAGACUGGAGCCAGACUGGAUACGGGCCUCUCGACCCCAAGGACAACCAACAGGCAGACAUGAUCUUGCCGAUUGUCCUGAAGUAUCUCUGCCCUGUGUACAUUUCUUACUUUGGCCUUGGAGCCGUUUCUGCUGCUGUCAUGUCAUCAGCAGAUUCUUCCAUCUUGUCAGCAAGUUCGAUGUUUGCUCGCAACAUCUACCAGCUUUCCUUCAGACAAAAUGCUUCCGACAAGGAGCUCGUCUGGGUCAUGCGCAUCACGGUGUUCGUGUUUGGAGCUUCUGCAAUGACCAUGGCCUUGCUGACGAAGACGGUGUACGGGCUCUGGUACCUCAGCUCCGACCUCGUAUACAUCAUCAUCUUCCCGCAGCUGCUCUGCGUGCUCUUCAUCAAGGGGACCAACACGUAUGGGGCCGUGGCAGGUUACAUUUCUGGCCUUUUCCUGAGAGUAACCGGCGGGGAGCCGUACCUGAACCUGCAGCCCUUGAUCUUUUACCCUGGUUAUUACAUUGAUAAAAGUGGCAUAUAUAAUCAGAGAUUCCCAUUUAAAACCCUUGCCAUGGUGACCUCAUUCUUAUCCAACAUUUGCAUCUCUUAUUUAGCCAAAUACCUAUUUGAAAGUGGAACCUUGCCACCAAAAUUAGAUGUAUUUGAUGCUGUCGUUGCAAGGCACAGUGAAGAAAACAUGGAUAGGACAAUUCUGGUCAGAAAUGAAAAUAUUAAGCUAGAUGAACUUGCACCUGUGAAGCCUCGGCAGAGCAUAACUCUCAGCUCGACUUUCACCAAUCAGGAGGCCCUCCUCAACAUGGAUUCCAGUCCAGAGGGGUCUGGGACUGAAGAUAAUUUACAAUAAACACAUCCUCACUGCUUUCCUAGACGGAGCGCUAUAGCAGGCUAGUCCUGGAAGGGUGGUUUGCGGCAUAUAAAAUAUAUUUUAAAAAUAAUGUUCAGGAGGACAAAAAUCCAUAUAAUAGUGCAAUUGCACACAUCCAAGACAAGCCAGAAGGAAGCACCCCUGAAGCAGCAUCCCUUUCUCCCUCGUGGACACAUCUCAUCCUCAUUUGAUUUCGACUCUCAGUAGUUUUGUUAAGUAUUCAAACAUGAAUAAAACCCCACUCAAAGAAUGGAGAGCCAAAAAGAGUGUUCACCUUUAUUAUGGAAAAAGGAAGUAGAUGUGAGAAAGCCAAGGAGACUGGGUAGCCUUGAUCCCGACCUUGUUUGCGAAUGCCCUGUGAGUCUAGUUUAACUCUCACACUGAAGUUGUGAGAACAAAUCCCCAUCACUCCAGUGAAUGGUACAGCGAAUUAAUCAGCUGAUUUCUCUGAUGUGAUGAAUAAUUCCUUCUUUCAUGUUCUUAAUUAUAACAUUCGCUGAAUGUGCAAUUUGUUUUUCUUUUAGUAGUGGUAUGUAUUAUUCUGAGUGCAGGCAAAGCAGACACACAAAAAAAUAUUGUGUAGUGGCAUUUCUUGCAUGCAAGAUGAUAGUAGAUUCCGU